AAUCGAAUUCUGCUUCGCUGAUCAGGGCCAAUCCUCCACUGCAGUGAGCCAUUUUGUUUGUGUGCUUAUCAGCUCAUUAUCGAUGUACAUUUACACCCUGUGAGAUUCUCAGCCGGUGCAGCAACUUCUAAUCUUCUAAGGCUGCUUUCUGUUUUAUCCAAGCUACCUCCGCGAAGUGCUUGGUAUCAGUGGUUGUUUCUAAUUCUAUGAGAAUUCAAGAUGUAGGACACCAAACGUCACGAUUUUCAAACUUUACUCUCGACAUAUGUUUUUGUUUUCAUUUCUGUGGACUUCUCUCAACUUGAUCUGUUGGUACCCCCAUCGCGACCAUGCAUUCCCGGCUCGUUAUAGCCUUCGGUUCCUUUAAGAAGGCAUCCUUAUACCCCUUCUUGUUGGGCACCAUGGCGCUACAGAUCGUCGUCUGCGUGGUUCUCAUCCCUGCCCUGUUUCUAUAUGGUGAUCCGAUGUGUGGAACCAGGCGAGGUUUGAUGAGAGAAAGAGGUAGGAGCUAUGCUGCGCUCCGCAAUCCACCCGUUUCCCUGGUCAAGAACAAAUCUAGAGAUGUUGGGCCAAAGACGACCAAGAAUCACAUGUCUCACAUUCCACGACCUUUCACCAUCCUUACAACAACCAAUCGUGGUUUUCUGGAUUUCACUGUCAACUGGAUUCUAAGCGUUCGACGAUUGGGUCUGGACUACAACAUCACCAUCAUUGCUGAGGACCCAGAUGCCUAUCGAUACCUCACACGAAACCUGACAUUCGACGAUCGAAAUCUCAGAAUCGAACAAACCGAAUACGGUUUCUCCCAUCCCGCGCCGCAGAAGUUCCGCCACUCUGGGUAUCGACGCCUCGUCAACAAGCGGCCCCAGUAUUUGGUCGACAAACUGGAAGAAGGAUUCGAUACUCUGGUGGUCGAUGUCGAUUCCUUUUGGUUCCGAGACCCUCUCGAUCUCAUCGUACCGAAUUACUCGAAAUACGACGUGUGGCUCGCGCAGGGACACGACGGUAAAGAUGGCCAUAAGUUGCCCUGCCCCUGCUUAAUGUACUUCAAAUCGAACAUCGUCUCUUUUAGUGUUGUUCGACACUGGAUUAGUCGACUCCUGAAGGACAAAGGGAUGGAAAGUGACCAACAGUCUUUGAAUAAUGUUCUCAAGACGAGGCGUGGACAGCGGGCGAGGAUAGGCUGGCUUGACAAGGCAAAUUUCCCAACAGGAGACGAGUACAAAGAGAGAAGAGAAACCAACGAAAGUACUGAAGAUGUUUUCAUCUACCACGCCAAUCAUAUGGGGAUUACACAAUGAAGAAGCAGAUAAUGAAGACGUAUGGACUGUGGAGGGUUUUUGGUUGAUCAAGUUGAGUCGGAAAACUGAGUCGGUAACGCUCAGUGCGCAAGUCCCCCCUCAGCGGUUGCAAAGAGAAAGUUGGGGGAAACCACUGAGAGGGUCAUUAACACAUACCUUAUGCGCCCGCGCCGUGGGUAUCUCAGAGGAUGUUUUUCAUGAUCUUUAAUUUGGUAACAAUGGAGGCACAAAGGGGGCCAGGGGAACCUCAAGAUGUGAUGACAAUGGCUGAUUAUUGGGUCAUGGUGGUAGUGUUGUUGAGAUACAUGUAUUUAUAAACAAAAAAUAUAAAGGGAAAAUAUAAAGGAUGGAGAGUGGCAAAAAGAAGGGUGGUGAUAGAAUAUGGUUUGAUUGACAAGGAAGGUUAAGGACAAAGUUUGCAGAAACUGGAAUGGAGGAUACAGGUAAAAACAAGAGAAGGGCAAUACUCCAAAGAACAGGCACAUUCUAUCAAUUUACAAUCGGACGGCACACGAAACAUUUCUUGGUGAAGUGGGUCCACUUGUCUGUUUCUUAAUCCUUUUCUCCCAUCUUUUGCCCACUUCAAUAUUUAUUUUAAGCUUCACGAAUCAUAUAUUUUGGAAGGCCGAGAUGGGAAGUGUAUCGAGACGCCAGUAGUAGUGUCAUGGUCUAGCGGUUAAGAGCACCGGACUCAUGCUCUGGUGUUUCAGAGGCAACAGUGGCAUGGGUUCAAGCCCGGGCCCGGACACU